AUGAGUCAUAUAUUUGGUCCAGAAAAAAAUACCAUCGUUAAUCUUUUGAAAUCGGGUUCUUUUUCUGAAGCUAAAGAUCGGUGUUCAAAAGUACUUGUACAGAUCAGAAAUCAAAUACCACCACCUGGUGAGCAAGAAAAAAGAUCUUCAUGUCAGAAGAUCUACAAUGAAUAUAAGGAUAUUGAAAAUACCAUAGUACAAUAUAUUAAAGUUUUUGCUUCUAAAGAUAAAGAAAGUAUUACGUGUAUUAAUUUAGAUGAAUGUAAUUGUGAAAUAGGAACUGUCACUCCUCAAAGAAAAACUAUGUCACAUCGCAAGGUGAUGCAAAAAGGAAGAAUUACUCCAAGGGCACCUCGUAAUGGAACAAGAAAAUCUAGAGGUGUUGGAUUGGCUUCUUCGAGAAAAAAAAAUAAGAUAAAUAUUGGAUCUCCUGUAAAUGUUUUAAGUGAAGUUCCAAAAAUAGAACCAGUAGAAAAUAAAACUUGUGAUGCAGGUGAUGAUUUCAUGGCUUCAUUACCUACCGAUCUUUCUAAUGUUUUGAAUACUUGUAUCUCAGAUAGCCAUAGUGAUACGACGUGGGAUAGCGUAGUAGGAUUAGAUGACGUCAAAAAAUGUCUUCUUCUAAAUGUUAAAUUUGCACCUCAAUUUAAAAAUAUUUUCAAAGGAAUUCGACAAUCACUGAGAACAUUCCUUUUGUAUGGGCCUCCAGGAACAGGGAAAACCCUUAUUGGUAAAGCUUUAGCAAAUGAGUGUGGGCGAAGAUUUUUGAUGGUGUCACCUUCUAUAAUAACAUCAAAGUGGCGAGGUGACUCUGAAAAACUUAUUAAGUCUCUUUUUGAAAUGGCAAGACAUUUUGCUCCAUCAGUUUUAUUCUUUGAUGAACUGGACGGAUUUUGUAUGAAGCGAGGAUCAAAAACGGAGCAUGAAGCAACAAGAAGAUUUAUGUCAGAAUUUCUUGUUCGUUUUGAAGAAUUAAAUAAAUGUGAUGAAGAUGUAUGUCUUAUUGGAGCUACCAAUACACCUUGGGAUAUUGAUGCUGCAGUUUUAAGACGUUUCGACGUUAGAUUUUUGGUUCCAUUACCGUGUGUUGAUGCAAGAGUGACCAUCUUAAAAAAUUGUCUUUUUGAUUUAGACCUAGAUAAAACAUUUGAUUUCCAUAGAAUAGCAGAGAAAUUGGAGGGUUAUUCAGCUUCAGAUAUAGUUAAAAUAUGUCGUAGAGCAUCACUUAGAGCUGUUGAAGAUUUUUUUUCUAACAUUGACAUAGACUCUUUGACUGAUGGAACUUUUGACAGUACUCCUUACUUACCGGUAUGUGAAGAUGACUUUACAUUUUAUAUUUCAAAAACACCAUCUACUGUUACUAGUGACAUGCUUGAUAUGUAUUUAAAAUAUAAUGAUCAGUAG